GUUCGACUUCGAAAUUGGGAGAUUUGUAACUUUUUUGAACUUUUUCCGUGAUAAAAAAGGUGAUAAGAACAAAUUCAAGUCGUUUGCAACUCCCGUCGUCUUUACCGUUGCAAAAGUAACCGUUUCCGGCCUUAACAACCGUGGAAAACCGCGCCAUAGAAGACGAGGCCUCCGAAAAGGAACCAACCAAAUCAUAGCUAACCCUAGAGAGUACAGACAGGACACCAUCGGAAACCGGCAAGUUUCUGUUGGCUCAACAAUCGGAAUCGGAACGCACGAAUCGAGGGAGCUACGUGAAUGAAAAGCAUCCGAUCGCUGCUCGCUCUCACAUCAGGGUUCGUACAACAACACGGUCGCCGUUCAUGGUGUUCCGCCGUGAGUAUCCGAAAUGUCCAGCCGAAAAGCCGCAUGAUGAACGCCAAGGAAACCGCCAAGGUACCAGCUGAUCCUGAUCAGCGUCGCGGGCGGUCGCAACAGGCUGCCACCUAUCAGGACGCUAAUCGCCGAUGGCAACAGUUAGCAAGCGGACAGGAUGGUUCCUACGAUGAGACGACACCGACAAAACGGAAGAAGAGUAAAGAAGGCGAAGGCUUCGAGUUUACGCUGAUGAGCUACAACAUACUGGCGCAGGAUCUGCUCGAUGGCCAUCUGAUGGAACUGUACCGUAACCAUGAUCCGAGAUCGUUACCGUGGCAACAGCGGUUGAAACGGCUGCUCGCCGAAAUCCGUCACAUUCGGCCGGAUGUGCUGUGCGUGCAGGAACUCCAGCAAAAUCACAUCAAGCGUUUCGCGAAUGGAUUGGCCGAUUUCCAGUACGAGAUGCUGUACAAGAAACGCACGGGUGGCGUGAAAACCGACGGCUGUGCCGUGUUCUUCAGGAGCGAUCUAUUCGAACUGAUCGAUCAUCACGAGGUUGAGUUCUUUCAACCGAAGGUUAACAAACUAAACCGGGAUAAUGUGGCCAUCAUCGCGAAGCUGGCAUUGAAGCAGAGCCCGCAGACAAGGCUCGUCGUGUCGACGACGCAUCUGCUGUUUAAUCCGUUCCGGCAGGAUGUGCGGCUGGCUCAGAUACAGAUACUGUUAGCUGAGCUGGAUCGCUUUUCGUACAGUGGCCAAACGGCGAACGGUGUCCCGCAGUACGAUCCCGUGCUGCUGUGUGGUGACUUCAAUCUGCAACCCUUCACCGCUCCCUACCGGCUGGUGAUGAAGGGAUCGCUGCGCUACGAUCAACUUGCGACAUGCACGCUAGAACGCCAGAAUCAGGAAGAGCAGGGGUGCCGUGAGCCUACCGGCAAACUUUUUCUUCCCCGCUGGCUGGGCAUCACCGAUCGCUGCCAGCACGAGGGGCUUAAAGACCGUGAAUCGACCCACCCCAAUAUGGUGCCACCAUCCGAUCAGACACGGCUCCAUCACUCUGCAAAGUCUACCGGUUCUUCCGUCCCUAACGGGCAGGCCGAAGAUCCGGCACACGAACGGAACUCACCACCGAGUGAUGAGUUUUCCUCCGGCACGCUAAACCACCAUUUCGUGUUUCAUUCGGCCUACCAUCACCGGAAGGAAACAGAGAGACCAAAUGAGACCAAUCAGGGAGUGACCACGUUCCAGGAACGUUGGAUCACGGUAGACUAUCUGUUCUACACACCGUACCGCUCGAUUGCCGAGUGCUGUCCAUCGCUUCCGAACUGGAACCUCGAGCUGCUUGCUACGUACAGUUUGCCAACGGUGUCGCAAUGUCGACGGUACAUUCACCACAUUCCGAACCGUUUCUAUGGUUCGGAUCACUUCUCACUGGCCGGUCGCUUUCGGUUGACCACACCGGCGGCUGAGCAAUGAUCAACGUUAGCCUUGCCCUAUCCAAGGCGCGGUUGCAGAUGUGUUUCUCUGUUAAUCAAAGCAACCCAGUUGCCCCCCUCAAAUGACAUCUAAUGUACGACACCAAGAGAGCGGGCUAUAAAAAGAUUUCCAAUGAUUAC